AAAAACUCAAAAGGCCAGGCCAUCGGAGAGUCAAAAAUGGCUAAAAGCCCUAGUGACAUAUAGAACUGGAAAAGUAGGAAGCCAAGUGCAAUAGUUUAGAGAGAGAGAGAGAGAGAGACGAUGGCGUGUAGUUCAGGAAGUUGUGAGUCUGGUUGCUACAAAGACAAGAAUAGCGAAGAAGACCAACAGUUGGAGAAGAAAAAAGCAGUCAAUGGUGUUGUGAAAAUUGGCAACGAUCUUAACCGCACCAAUCUUUGCAUAAAGUGCAAAUCCAAUCAAACCAUCGCUACCACCAUCCCCACGACGGCCGGCGACGCUUCCCGCUUUUGCUCCGACUGCUUCCGCACCAAUCUCUUCGGGAAGUUCCGGUUCGCUGUCACCUCCAACGCCAUGAUUUCUCCGGAGGACAACGUCCUCGUCGCUUUCUCCGGUGACACUUCUUCCAGGGUGGCUCUACAGUUUGUACAUGAGAUGCAAUGUAAAGCACAGAAGAAUUUCGAUGCAAGUAGAGAUAGGUCAUUACCAGUAUUUGGUGUAGGGGUUGCUGUUGUUGAUGAAAGUGCUAUUUAUCCAGUCCCUUCUCAUCAACUUGACGAAGCAAUUGAAGACAUGAAACUUAUUGUUUCAAAUUUAGCUCCACCAAGAAAAGAGUUCCAUGUUGCCUCCAUAGCGAGCAUUUAUUCUUCAGAUUUCGGGGAUGGAAUGGAUACGUUGAAAGAGUUAGUUAAUACUGUUAGUGAUCUCACUGGAAAAGAAGAUCUGAUGCUGCAUCUGCGAAUGUUGUCAUUGCAAAAGAUUGCUCUUCAAAAUGGAUACACCAAACUUGUGUUGGGGACAUGCACAUCAAGGAUAGCUUGCCAUGUCAUUGCAACAACUGUUAAGGGCCAGGGUUACUCUUUAGCGGCAGAUAUACAAUAUGUUGAUGCAAGGUGGGAGAUACCAGUGGUGCUUCCCCUACGUGAUUGCCUCACACAAGAGCUCGACAUGCUUUGUUGCCUUGACAGCUUAAGAACUGUGAAGGUUUUUGACAAUCCCCGUUCUGGCAUCAAUGGCUUGGUCUCAGCAUUUAUAAAAGUGUUGCAGGAAGAAAAUCCUUCUCGAGAAUGCACAAUUGUAAGAACAGCUGGAAAGCUUACUCCAUUCCAUUUUAAUAGGAUUCCAGAAGGUGAUGACCUUAAUGCUCAUUUCGCAUCUCAAAGGCGGCAGAAGAAAUUUAAUUUGAUGCCUAAUGAAUCUCUGCCCCCCGAGUCAUUUUGUUCGAUUUGCAAUAGCCCACUCAACAAAUCUGACUUGUCCAGUUUGAGUGAUGUUGAGAAUGGACAAUUAAGUGCUGAAACUUUUGGGGCUACAUGUUGUUUGAGCUGCCAGUUUCAGAUGCUUCCCAAAGAACCCUCAUCUGUAGAGUAUUUUUAUUCACUCUUACCGCAGCCAAUCAUUGCUCGGGCAAAGGGUGGCAACCGUUGCAAUCAGAGAUGGCUAAGGUAAGGGAGCAAAUACAAGAUUGCUUGCUUUCAGACAGCGAAGAUGGUACUUGAACCCGCUAUUUUUUCUUCAAAACUACUUCUGCAGUUAGUCAUUACUCACUCUAUAUGCUUGCCUAUUUUAGUCAUUGGUGCUUAGAAGGGGCAAAAGCUAUAGCAGCAACAAGCUAGGAUAGCGGAGAAACAGAUAAGCUUUAAAUUUAGGGGAAAAAAAAACUGAUAUGAUAUUAAGAAAUUGUGAUUAAUUUGAUAUUUUAAUUAAGUUGUCAUUCUUCUCAUUUCUUGAUCAUGAGGGGAGAAUUUUGGGAUAAUAUGGGACUAGUAUGUAUGGAGAUGAUGGUUGUGAUGGAAAGUUGAUGUAGUAGAAUAAAUAGGUUAAGUGUCUGUUAAGUAAGUGGCCUAUUAGUUGUAGUCUAUAAAUAGGUGAUGUAAUACCCAUUGUACUUGGAUUCUAUUUAGUUUUAAUUGAAUAAUAUUGACAUUUAUUAGAACA